AUGGCCUGGCACAUAGCCUGCGCGCGGCCGUCAAUGGCGGCCAUCGCCAACGCGGCUGCGGGGGUCAUGGCGGCACUGGACUCUGAGCUGAGGGCGCGCGCCGACCCCUUUGCCCCAAGCCCCACGGCUGUCAGGGUCGCCCUUCUGGAGGCGGUGCGCGCCGAGGCAGCGCGCCUGAAAGCGCAGCGUGCGCAGCUCAAGGAGCGCGCCGCCGCGCUCAUCCCACCUGGCGCGCGCGUGAUGACAACCUCGUACUCCUCAACCGUCCUCGUGGCGCUCGCCGCGGCCGCUGCGGACGGGCGCCUCGGCGCCGUGGUCUGCUGCGAGUCGCGGCCGCUGUGCGAAGGCGUCGCGCUCGCGCGCGCGCUGGCGGCCGCCGGGGCGCGCGACGUCACCGUCAUCACCGACGCGCAGGCGGCCGCGUUCCUCGGGUCCGUCGACCUGGUGCUGCUCGGCGCCGACGCGCUGUCCGAGGCGGGCGCCGUUAACAAGGUCGGGUCGAGGCUGAUCGCGCUUGCGGCGAGGGAGGAGGGGAUCCCGGUCUACGCCUGCUGCGACAGCGGGAAGAUCAGCAUCGGGGGACCUGUUGAGCAGCUGGUUGGCCUGGGACUGGGCAGCGGCGGCGGCGGCGGCGGCGGCAGCAUUGCCAGCAGCGGCGGCGGUGUUGUCGGCAGCACAGGAGUUGCCGGCGGCAGGAAUCAGGGCGGGGCGGAGGAACAUGAGGAGAAGGGGGAGGAUGAGGUCACGCAAGGGUGGCCGGCGCAGCUGAGGGCGGCGGCUGCGGUCGGCGGCGGCGUGACAGGCGGCGGCAAGGGGGCCGGCGCCGGCGGCGGCAUCGAGGUGCGCAAUGUGUACUUUGAGGCCGUGCCGCUGCCCCUGUUGACGGGCGGCGUCGUGACCGAUCAGGGGGUUGUGGCGGAAGAUGACAUCCGCGCGGCGGUGGCGUCGCGGCGGCGGCAGUACCUGCGUGCUUUUGACCUGGCAACGCUUGAGCACCCGCCGCGGCCAGACGUCAAGAGCGGCGGGCUUGGGGUGGCGUGA